AUGAGGCCUUUUGCAAAUAUUUAACUGUCUGCCCUCUCCACAAGCCUGGUCCUAAGGUGGAGGAAAGCAGAUCCCAGUAAAUUUCAGGUGUGUGCUUCCAGUUGGGGUUGCAAUGGGAGAAACAGGUGUAAGAAGCCCUUGCAAUCCUGGGGUGGAGGUUUGGGGACUCAUUGGGUGGCUAGGGGCCAGCUCUGCUGAUAUGAUUGACUAGGCAGUAGGGUCAGAGUGUGAACCAAAUAGAAUGGCAUUGACCCGGCUUCCCUGUGCCCACCAGGGGCUGGAGCUGCUACAGAGAGCAGCUUGACAGUCCAGUAUCUGCAGCACUUGUUAGUUAGUAUGCUUGUGGGUUUGGCAUGCCUCCUCCCCUCACCCCCAAAACCAAAAGCUAAGGGUAGAAAUGACCCAGACUCUAAAGAGAGGGGGGUCUUGGUCAGCGUUGUGGGUGGACAGAGCUCUUGAGGGAAAUUCACACCCGUUUCUCUCUGAAAGGCGGCAAAAGGAAAUUCUUUUAGUUCCAACCAACCAGGACUUUAUCCGUGCCAGGCAUCCCACUAUGAGGAGAUUUUAGAGCAAGGCCUCGCAGCUGGCUGCCCCUGCAGGAAUGCAAAGUUGGGGCUCCUUUUCUUUCUUGAUUUGUUCAGAGAAAGAGCUCAUUACCUUUGGGGAUGGAUGUCGCUUGGUUAGAAAGACUUAAGAAUAAAUAAAAACCCUCUGGGAAAAGUCUCAAAGUCAGAAAAUGAGAUACAAGACUUCCUUGGUGAUGAGGAAACGAUUACGGCUUUACCGGAACACCCUGAAAGAGUCAAGUAGCAGCUCCGGACACCAUGGCCCCCCGCUCGCUGUGGCCUCCAGCCCCUCCUCGGCGUUCCCGGGCCUCCCGGAGCAUCCUCCCCAGGCCUCCCCCGGCGGCCCUCUGAACGGACUCCUGCGCCUGGGGCUCCCCGGAGACAUGUACGCGCGGGCCGAACCCUUCGCGCCCGGGCCGGUGGCCCGCAGUGAUGCCCUGGCGGCGGCCGCGGCCCUGCACGGCUACGAGGGCGUGAACCUGACCGUGAACCUGGCCGCACCCCACGGGCCGGGCGCCUUCUUCCGCUACAUGCGCCAGCCCAUCAAGCAGGAGCUCAUCUGCAAGUGGCUGGCCGCCGAAGGGCCCGCGCCCCCGCGCCUCUGCUCCAAAACUUUCAGCACCAUGCACGAGCUGGUCACGCACGUCACUGUGGAGCACGUCGGCGGCCCCGAGCAGAGCAACCACAUCUGCUUCUGGGAGGAGUGUCCGCGCCAGGGCAAGCCCUUCAAGGCCAAAUACAAACUUGUCAAUCACAUCCGAGUGCACACGGGCGAGAAGCCCUUCCCCUGUCCUUUCCCGGGGUGUGGGAAGGUCUUUGCUAGAUCAGAGAACCUCAAAAUACACAAACGAACUCACACAGGGGAGAAGCCCUUCCGAUGCGAGUUCGAGGGCUGCGAGCGGCGCUUUGCUAACAGCAGCGACCGCAAGAAACACUCGCACGUGCACACGAGCGAUAAGCCCUACACGUGCAAGGUGCGCGGCUGCGACAAGUGCUACACGCACCCCAGCUCCCUGCGGAAGCACAUGAAGGUGCACGGGCGCUCGCCGCCGCCGCCCAGCUCCGGCUACGACUCGGCCCCGCAGUCUGCCCUCGUGUCGCCCUCCUCCGACUUCGGCCGAGAGCCCCCGGCGGCCUCCUCGGCGGCGGCGGCAGCACAAAGGGCUGAUCUGAGCGAAUGAUGUCCACCGCGUUGCCCGCAAGGUAAUCUGGCCCCGCGCAGCUGAGCGCCCUCAUCCCGCGCCUGCGACAUCAAAGGUCCGCGCACAAAGCAAUGUUUCUUCGCCACGGUGCAUCUUCAUGGUAAGUUAGGAUUUCUAUGGCAAUGGGCAAGUCGCACUGAAAUCCUGAAAGGCCGAGCCUGGAGCCCGUCCAGGCUUUUCAUUAAGCACAUAAUAUUUACGUCUAACAGGCCUUUUUUCUUGUGUAUACAAGUAUAUAUUUUUGUUUGACGCGGACUAAAUCAUUUUCAUUUAAUUUCCGGUAAACAAAACCCACGCGAAUGGGCACUUGUUCCCGAUCAUAAUAAAAAUGGAUAAUAAUGCGGGGGAAGAAAAAGGCCGCUUGAAUCGCCGCUCGGCCCCCUUUGUUUCUGCUUUCUGCGGUGAUCAGAGGGCGCAUUUGGGUUUGAUGGCAAGUUUCUAAAGGCGAGGAAAUGGUUUGUAAGAGGGGAAAGAAAAGGAGAAAGGUCUAAUCAAGCUCGGGUUGUUCAAAGAGUCCGGGCUUGGGGGGUUGAAAGUGUGGAGUUUGACGGAGCUGAUCAUGCCGCGUUAGGCUCGCCAUGGCAAUGUGCGCGGGGAGCGGCCUCUUCAAAGAAGGCACACUUCACUGCAGACACUCUAUUAAGAUACAUUUGCGUUGACCUUUGCUUUCACGCCAUUUAAUACUGUCACCGCACUCUCCAGCAUAUACUUCCUCCGUAAGACCUGCCUCCCAUCCCCCCCACCCCACCUCUCAGCCUUUCGGGGUUCCCCCCUCGUAUGCUGAGGUGUGGAGGGUGCGCUCCGUAGACGCUUUCAGGAAAGGGAGGAGCCGGACUCCAGCGAUUCUUGACUGCGUCCCCCCCCCCCCCAACACCAACCCCAGAAGCCCAUGGCACAGGAGUGGACUGACCGUAGGGCAACCCUAGAAACUUAACAAAUGAGCACCCUCCCCCCUUCUCACCCCCAGCUCCUGUUUGAAUUUGAGUAGGACGUAGGAGCCACCCUAGAUGAAUCUGGGAGGAUGUGGGAGGAGAAACUCAGACUGUACUUUUGGGGUCUUAACUCUGCCCUCUAUCCCAGGAUAGUCCAUCCUUGCCUCACCCAUUCUAGAAAUUUCUUGUAAGUUCCCCCCCCCCAAUUAAUUUUUCCCCAGGUGGGAUGUAGGGGAUCCCUCAAGCCUGAAUAGGACCUAGGCAGGAACUCAAAAGCCCAAGGGCAAGGGGAUAGGGAAGAUGGCAGGAAAGUUAGAAGUCCAUGUCCCCUUAAUUGUCUUGUUGUUUAUUUUAUCCAAGUGCCCCAGUGAAUAGGGGAAAAAUAAACAUGGUGGAGAAAAAAAAAUCAAACAGAGGAGUCUUCUUUAGUGCCAGUCCUUGUGGUUGAAUAAAAAGGAUGGUCCACUUUCUAUUGAGCUGAGAAAUCUUUGAAGUGGGAAUUAUUAUCUGAGACAUUCCUGCUUGUCGUCCUAACAACGCUGAUGAAACGUAAAAGGUUCUUUGUCAGCGAUUUGUUCUCCUCUUCUGUCAAACUCGCCCUGCUCCAUGAGUUUCCAACCGUUUCUAAAGUGAUAAAAAUCAAACUUCUUCUUUCUUCCUCUCUCUCUCUUUCUGUCUCUCUCUCUCUCUCUCCCUCUCUCCCUCUCUCUCUUAACCAAAAGCACAUUCACUACGUUGACUGAUAAACUUUAGGGCUAAGUCCAGCAAAAGGAAAAGCAAAAGUGAUGUGGAGACAUGAGGUCCAGGGCCUGUGGAGGUGUGCAGAUGUGGAGGGAUUCUUUGCACUGGACAUUGGAGGGGAAAGGAUGCAGAGAGGGGCAGGCUAAGGUUAUGUGCCCCAAACCCCAAACCCACAUUUAUGUACAUGCUCCUCUCUGCUGUAGUCUACCAUCCAUGAGACAGUCCAAACCAGGUCACCUAGAAGAGCUUUCUUUGGGAGAUCCCUCCCUCAAGUUUCCAAUAUUCUCCUCCAGAAUUCUUGGAACGCCAGGCUUCAGUCAAGCGGUUGGUAAUAUUUCCUGCCCGCUCCACCCCACCCCACCCCCCACCAAGACAAUCUCUGCUAAAAAUAGGCUCAUUGUGUGUUUCUUCCCAAGCCCCAAAAUCAGUGAGCCCUCUUGCCAUUAAUGGAGGGGCUUGAGGGAGAGAGACAUUAUAAUAUUUCCCACAUCUUGGCAAUUGGAGUUCAGAAGGUUUAGUCUACAAGAUAAUGAUCCCAGAGUGCAUGCAAACACCCCUCCCAUCCACAUAUGCAGUCCCUCUUCAUUUUAUAUUCAUGCCAAGGAAGGAAACUUUCACCCUGUCCAGUUUCUCUCCCUCCCCAACCUCCUAAUGUGGUUUUUCAAGGUGGUUUUAAAUAAGCAAGACUCUUGCCACCUCCCCACCCUGUGUGUGCUGACUAAAUGAUUUGUAAAGAAGUUUCCCCAAGCUGUAACCCAUGCUGUUAUUAUAGUUGCUGCAAAAUGUUGUCUCUUAUAUUGAUUUUUAUUUGUUUACUGGAGGUCCCCAUAUGUUUGUUUAUAUUGCUAAUUUAUGGGAAAAUGUAAUGAUUGCAAUGAACGUGAAUUAUACAGACAGGCAAAUGUUUUUGCAAUCAUAAUUCACACAAACAAAAAGGAAAAAAGAGCCUGGAUGAAACCUUAGACUCCUUAUCCAUACUGUCUGUGUGAUUUAUCUUGGUCCCCUUAGCACCUUUAAAUUAUGAAUUAACUUGAAAGAAAAAAAAAAGUUGUUACGUAUUUGACUGAAAGUGAUUGUUGAAUGAUAACAUAGUAGAAAGCUGUGGCUUAAUCUUGCUGUACAUAUGUAAUAAUGAAUUGAAACCUGUGAUUCUUUUUUUCCCCCCCUCUGCCCUCUCUAAAUCCCUUUGUAUACAUGGAGAUCCAUUUUGCUAUUUUGUUUGGAAAUAAAUGAUGUGAUGUUUACCUUCCUCUUUGAAA